GGCGGGCGCUCGGUCCGAGCAUGCGCGGACGCUGUCGGAGGGUCGAUGGACGAUCGGGAGUAUUUCCUGACCGCGGCCCAGAAAGCGGUGAAGGAGAAAUACCCGCCCGUUAGCAAGAAGUACGAAUAUUUGGACCACACUGCGGAUGUACAGUUGCAUUCAUGGGGCGAUACAUUAGAAGAGGCAUUUGAACAGAUUGUAAUGGCUAUGUUUGGCUAUAUGACUGACAUUGAAACCGUGCAACCAUCAACAACAAUUGAAGUAGAGGCUGAAGGCCAUGACAUGAUGUCCCUGCUCUACAACUUUAUGGAUGAAUGGCUGUAUCAAUUCAGCGCAGAAAUGUUUUUCAUUCCAAGGGAGAUGAAAGUGAUUCACAUGGAUAGAGUUAAUUAUAAGAUUCGAUCAAUCGGGUGGGGAGAACAGUUUGAUUUGGAAAAACAUCCUCAAGGCACUGAAGUCAAAGCCAUCACAUACUCAGCAAUGCAGAUCCACGAAGAUGAGAAACCUCAAAUUUUUGUCAUAAUUGAUAUUUGAUUUUCAUUUUAAAUGUUUCUUGUGUGUUUUGAAAUGUGUACAGUGUAUACUUUGACAUUUUCUUGAAAUAACUGAUGAGAGUGUGAAUGUAAGAUAAGUCCCACUACUAGAAGAACAGCCUCUUCUAUUUACGUUUAAAAUGCACUCCUUUUAAUUUAUUAAAGAACUCCAUAACAGAAGGUACCAGAUUCCCUACAAUCUGUCUUUAUUAGUGAAAUAUAAUCAGAAUGACUGACUGAUGGAUCUACCGAUUGCUGUGCCCCAUCUUCUAAAAAUACUUGUCUGACAAAUCAAGAGCAGUUCUGAAUUUCAGCAUAAUUUUAACCCUUUUGAAAUCGAUGAAUUCUUAAAAUUUCCUUCUGAAGCUGAAAGAACUCGCAAUGACUGUGCUGUUGGAUAGAUCUACUUGAAGAUUGACUGUUUGAAGUUGCAGUUAUUGCUAGUGAAAAUUUACAUUGUUUUUAUUGGAUAUGUAGCCUUUGCAAAUUAAAAGACAAGACUGAGAAAUCUGAAUGUCACUUACAGUGAAUCCCAAAUCAUUUCAUUGGCAGUGUAAUAGGGAUUACUCUUCCACAGAGCAACGCAGUGUUUUAAUGAGACUUGUACUCACACUACUGAUUGUUUGUUUUUAAUCCUGAAUCAUGUAACGCAUCCUCAACUUUUUCUGUACAUUCAAUGUUAAACAUAGUCUUAACAUAGGUUUGGGAAAAUCAUAUGACAGUAGUAAUAGACAAGCUUCUUUUGUGUUGAUAAUCAUGGGGCAGUGAGGUAGAAUCUUUAAUUAUUUGUUAAUACAUAAUUAAAAUUGAGUUCCUUUAAAUAAUUUUGUAACUUUUUACAGAAGUUCUAUGAUCCUACUAAUUUACAAUAUAAUUUAAAAUGAAGAGUUGCAAAUGCUAGAGAUCUGAAACAGGCCAAAACAAAUUGCUGGAGAAACUCAACAGGUCUGGCAGCAUCCUUAGAGAGUAAACAGGGAUAAUGUUUUGAAUCCAGGGACCCUUUAUUAUGAUAGUUCUGAAGAAGGAUCACUGAACUCCAACAUCUAAUGUUAUCCCUGUUUACUCUCUAAGGAUGCUGCCAGACCUAUUGAGUUUUUCUAACAAUUUCUAUUUUAAUUUGUUACAAUACAAUUUGAUAUUUUGGAUUGCUUCAUCCAAUCCUCAAAGAAUUGGCUUUUACAAUUGUGCCAAUUUAUUACUUAAGCUUUGCUGGGUUUUUCAGCUUUACAAAAAAUAUUUUUGAUUUUAAAUUAUAUAAUAAAGCUUUAAAAUUAA